UCUGUCAGCGCGUUUCCCUUUUUUCGCAGUGCCACAGGCUGCUAACUAAAAACAGCUAGUUUCUCUUUUAAAAAACACCUCCUUUUUUUGACAGGUUGUUUAAUGGCUUAUAAACUAAACUCCGGCUUUUGCUUUUUACAUUUUGUCUGCUUCCCGGGCUUUGUACAACUCGUUCAUGUCAGCUUGUGGUAGACUCCCAGCAGGCCUCUCUGUUCACCGGGGGAUCAUCAGUCCUCACGCCGCCCUAGUGUGCUUGCGGCUCGGCCACAGAGGCGGCAUGGGCCCGGUGUUUCGCUAGCCUCUGGAUAAAAGCUGUCAAAUUGUGGAGGAAGUGUUUUAGCUUGGAUGCUACUGCUACCGGUGACUGGCUGUCACAAUGAACGGUCCUCAGCAGAGUGACUCUAAGAGGCAGCACCUCCUGGAGAGGCUGCUGGACGCUGUCAAACAGUGCCAAAUCAGAUUUGGAGGAAGGAAGGAGAUCGCCACGGACUCAGACAGCAGGGUGAUCUGUCUGUGUGCUCAGUUCGAGGCGGUGCUGCAGCACGGUCUGAGGAAGAGUCGAGGUCUCGCUCUGACCGCCGCCGCUCUGAAGCAGGCAGCGGGGUUCAGCUCCAAGACUGAAGCAGAGUUGACGUUCUGGUUCUAUGUGAAGGAGCACCUGAACCGCCACGAGCUGCAGCGGUUCCUCUCUCUGCGUCAGAUCAGCUGUGAGCUGGGCCGCGGCCGGGCCUGGCUGCGCUGCGCUCUGAACGAACACUCGCUGGAGAGAUACCUGCACACACUGCUGUCUGAGCGGCCGCGCCUGGGAACUUAUUAUGAAGACUGGGCUUUUAUUCUGGAUGAAGAGAGAGCCAGCAUGCUGCCCACCAUGGCUGCAGGUCUGAACUCCAUCCUGUUCGCCAUCAACAUCGACAACACGGACCUGAACGGGGGGGUGGUGCGGGGGGGCGGCUCCUCGGUGUCCGACCUCCUGAAGGAGUCGACGCAGGGCAUCGGCAGCCUGUGGAAGGAGUCGACUCAGGGGGUGAGCUCUCUGCUGAGAGAGAUCAGCACCCCCCGGGGGGAGGGGGACCCGCUGCCCGUCCUGCCCCGCAGCAGCUCUGCUGACUCCGGGCUGAGGAAGGAGCGGCGGAGGAAAAAGAAAAUCACCAACAUCAUUUCCUUUGAUGACGAUCUGGACGGAGGAGCUGAGGAUGAGGAGGAGGGAGAGGAAGAGCUCCAGAAAGUGAUGAGGAAGAGUUUCAUCACUCCGGCUCAGAGCAGCGUGGAGGAGGGCGUGGAUCCUUUAGAGCCCGAAUUCUCCGAGUCCCCGGCCCAGAACGGCCUCUCUGAGCCGGGCAUCGUGAGCUGGGUGGGGUCCCCUCAUCCCUGCCGCACUCCCCCCCUCACUGCCUCCCCUCCUCUGCCCGACAGGAAGAGUAUAGACAACGAGGAAGAGGAGGAGGAGGAAGAGGAGGAGGAGGAAGAGGAGGAGAUGUACAAACGCAGAGCACAGUCACAGGAGGAGGAGAGGAGGAGCUCUGAUCAGCUGGUGGUGGGCAGUCUGUCCAGUGUCUCCACAUGGAGCCCCCUGCAGGUGAAGAAGACGCAGCCAAUCAGCGCCGACAUCCUCAUCCCUCUGAACCCUGCACACUCUCAGACAGUGAGUCCUGCGGAAGACAGAGCUGCCUUUCCUGCUCAGAGUGACUCAGCAGGACGGGGGGGAAACUGUGAGAGCGACACACCGCUGCUAACAUUCGAUCUGGAGUCCAGUCCUCCAGCGGAGUCUGCUCCUCUCUCCAGCACGAUGCCGACAUCCAGCCUGCCAGAGUCCAUGACAGUCGUGGAGCUUCGCCAGGCCAUCGUCGCCAUGAUGAACAGGAAGGACGAGCUGGAGGAACAAAACACGUCUCUGCGCGGUCUUCUGGACGGAGAGAUGGAGCACUCGGCCGGCCUCAGGCAGGAAACUGAUCUUCUGAAGAAGAAGCUCUCGGAGCUGGAGGAGAGACACAGCACCAAGGUGCAGGCGCUCGCCAGGGAGAACGAGGUCCUGAAGGUCCAGUUGAAGAAGUACGUGGGGGCGGUGCAGAUGCUGAAGAGAGAGGGCAGCCAGGGCAAUGACGCUCUGUGUGUGUUGCAGUCGAGUGAAGAGCAGGCCCCCGUCCCGCAGAAUAAAUCCAUGGAGGACAUCGAGGAGCUGGCCGCCAGCUACGAGCGCAAACUCAUAGAGGUGGCCGAGAUGCACGGUGAGCUGAUAGAGUUUAAUGAGCGCCUGUACCGCUCCCUCAUGUCCAAAGACCACCUCAUCGUCCAGAUGAGACAGGAACUCAUUGACCUGAGAGGCCCGGUUCCAGGUGAUUUAAGCCAGACGUCAGAUGACCCCAGCCUGUCAGAUUUUGAGACGGCUCAUCGGGCUCUCAUCAACGUUUGGAUCCCUUCUGUGUUCCUGCAGGGCCGCGCUGCAAACGCCUACCACGUCUACCAGGUGUACAUCCGGAUCCUGGAUAACGAGUGGAACGUGUACCGGCGUUACACCGAGUUCAGAGAGCUCCACAACCACCUGCGGACCCAGUUUCCACAGGUGGACACCUUCAACUUCCCCCCCAAGAAAGCCAUAGGGAACAAGGAUGCCAAGUUUGUGGAGGAGAGGAGGAAGCAGCUGCAGGGCUACCUUCGCAUGGUGAUGAACAAACUGAUCCAGACGCUGCCGGAGUUCACAGCUCGGCCCACCAAAGAGACCCUGCUGUCUCUGCUGCCUUUCUGUCUAGACACGCCACAGGCCAACGACGGAGGAGCCAAAACGCCUCGCUCCAAAACGUCUUCUCGCUUCCCCCGACUGGGCCGCAGCCGCAACCCGGAGACCAGAACGGACCCUCAGAGCGGCGACCUUUAACCCCUGGAGCCUGUGGACUAAUUAUCUGUCACUUCAUAGAUGAGAGCAGCGCUACGUCAAUGCCUGGCGAAAUUCCUGCCCCGCUUACUUUCGGGUGAAAACAAAGCAUGAGUGCGAAGUGGAAACAUAUACUUUGAUCUUGUCUAAAAGCUUACAGGAUGUAAAGGAUUACAAAUUAGGGUUUUCUUACUUUCUUACCUUUUAAAAGGACAGUAAAAUAUGUGGCUUCAGGCUCCACAGAGAGGACGAAAAACGUAAUUAAAGGGAUCCGGUCAGUCAAUACGUGUAAGUCUGUGGGAAAUACCUAAACACGGCUAAAUUAUGUUCCCCUAUUUGUUUAAAUUAAACCAUAAAUCAACGCGUUGAUCGAUCUUAAAGGACAUUGUGUAAUUGUUUGCCUAACUAACAUAUUUGGGCUCCAUGUAUACAAAAAAGCACGGUUUUCUUAAAUGUUUGAUCUGAUUGGAGAAAAGAGGAAUCUGUAUUUACUGCCAGGGAAAUGACAGCGAAUUUUCACCCAAAAAGGGGCGGGGCCACAUGGGUUGCUCUCAUCUAUUGGCUGAGGACGACGUUUCCUGUGUGGAAGUCUAACGGACCUUCAAAGUGUCACGAUACAAGGACUCAUUCGAGGAAAGGAGACGGGACUCUCUGUGAGAUAAAUGUAUAUUUGUGUGCAUCGCUGGGUGAGUGUAGGACAAAUGACCCAAUCACACACCUCUUACCUCACUGAGAGACAGAGACUCUGUAAACUGCACACAAACUAACCUGGACGGCUCUUCUCAAACACAAUGAGGUGACAGAAAUGUGUUUUUUUUUUUUUUGUGUGAAAGUGUUACAGUCAUAGUGCCUGCAUUGCUUUGUAGCUGCUCUCCUGAUAGGGAGAGGGAGAGGGAGAGGUGGGUAUAUUAAAGUAUUA